AUGGACACUACCGAUGAACCUACCUUACAUGUAUUUACCGAUGCAAGCGCAGUAGCGUACGGCGCUUGUGCGUACUUAGUAAAAGGGGAAGAGUCUAACUUUGUCAUGGAUAAAAAUAGAGUGGCACCUUUGAAAAAGUUAACUAUACCACAACUUGAACUUAUGGCAGCAUUAGUCGGAGGACAGUUAACUUCACAUAUAAUGUCAAGUUUACGGAACGUUAAAAAGUGUGUACUAUGGAGCGACAGUCAAAUUAUUUUACAAUGGAUAUCUUCAAGGAAGCAACUUAAAACCUUUAUAGCAAACAGAGUUAUUGAAAUCAAAGAGCUCACAUGUGAACAUAGCUGGAAAUAUUGCCCUACAGAACACAAUCCUGCUGAUUUAUUAUCACGUGGUUUAUCGUAUGAACAAUUGAAAAAUAACAAACUAUGGAUGCAUGGUCCGGACUGGUUAACAAACGAGAAACAAUGGCCGAAUGAAUUUCAAAUCGACAAUAAAGUGAUGACCACAACUUUUAAGGACUAUGAGAAUCAAGAAACGCAAGAUGACAUUAUACGGACGAAGAGCAACGUAUUGAACAUAAUCAACGUUGAUAGAUACCAUUCAUUCAACAAAACCGCGCGUAUCUUAGGUUACGUACAGACAUUCAUAGAUAACUGCCGUAAUACAGCUCCUAAUACUAAAAGACUGAUCACAACAUAUCUAACACCACAUGAUAUACAUAAUGCAACAAUGAAGUUAAUUGAAGCUGUGCAACACGAAAGAUACAGUGAUGUUUUUGAAAGCUUAUGUUCAAAGUCAACGCAUAGUUUGAUACGUCAAUUACGUUUAUAUCUGGACAAAGACGGAUUAAUACGAUGUGGUGGACGCAUUAAUAACGCACCACUUCCAGAGAAAGCAAAAUUCCCGUAUUUAAUACCAACAAAGCAUAGAUUAAUAAAACUACUUAUAAAUGAUAUUCACAUUGAAAAUUUACAUUCCGGCAUAGGAGCUACCGUAACUUAUUUGAGGCAAAAAUAUUGGAUACCUUCAGCACGACAAGAAGUUGGAUGCGUAAUUCGAAAAUGCGUAAGUUGUAGAAAAGUAACAGGAGUUGCAUACAAAGCACCAGAUCCUCCACCGCUACCAAAAGAUAGAUUAUCGUCCGAAGAACCAUUUACUAUAUCAGGCGUCGAUUUCAGUGGUGCGCUUAACAUCAAAGGAGACGAUGGACUACUUCGAAAGUGUAUAUCUGUUUGUUUACAUGUGCCAAUACUCGAGCUAUUCAUCUUGAAAUAG